AUGCACACGGUUCCAACAAUGGUACGAAUACUUGUAUUCAGCGUGACAGUUGUUCUGUACGUUUUGGGAGAUGUUGCCGAAUCAGCGCGAAUACUCGGGGUGUUUGUUACUCCAUCCUUCAGUCAUCAGAUCGUCUUCAGAGCGUUAACAAUGGAACUUUCCAAGCGGGGCCACGAGUUGGUUAUCUUCACCUCGGAUCCGCUGAACGAUCCUAGCCUCAAUAAUUACAAGGAAAUAGACAUGCACUAUACCUACGACCUGAAGAUGGACCACGCCAUAGCCAUGGACGAGACGUCCUUUAUACAGGAAUGGUACAAAGUGUCAGAACCGAUUACCGAGGCUGUUCUUAUCCAUCCAGAAAUGCAACGAAUCAUCAGUCCAAACAGCACCGAACGCUUCGACCUCAUCAUCGCCGAAUAUUUGUCCUACGAUGCCAUCUACGCUCUCCGGAUUCGGCUGGAUGCUCCGAUCAUCGGAGUUUGCACCACGUCUCUGUCACACUCACUGAGUUACCAAAUUGGAAAUACACACGCCCUGCCUUACUCUCCGUCAUUGAUGGAUGAUUACACGGAUGACAUGAAUUUCUGGCUGAGGUUGAUCAAUGCUUACAGAAUGGCAAAACACGCGAUUUUACGACAAUAUGAUCUAUUGCCAAGGCAAGAGAGACUGCUGAGAAAAUAUUUCGGACCGCAUGUGCCAAGUGUUGAGGAUCUGAGCACGGAGAUGAGUCUGGUAUUAACGAGUAGUCAUCCAUUGCUCGAAUACCCAAAGCCGAGCUUACCUACCAUCAUCCACAUAGAGGGUUGCCAUUUGAAACUCAAAUUACAAGGUCUCGACGAAGACUUGAAGGAGUUUUUGGACGAUGCUAAAGAGGGAUUUGUUUACUUCAGUCUAGGCACAAACGUGCUAAGCGACCACCUAGCUCCCGAAAAGAUACGUACUCUGAUAUCCGUUUUCGCCGCUAUGCCCUACCGAGUUGUGUGGAAAUGGGAGCAGAAUUCGCUCGACGGCAAGCCGGACAACGUUUUUAUAUCAAAGUGGUUCUCUCAACAAGACGUCCUCGCCCAUCCGAACAUCAAGCUCUUCGUUUAUCAGGGUGGAAGACAAAGUACUGAAGAAGCCAUACACUACGGCGUUCCGCUGGUAGGUAUACCUGUUUUUGGUGACCAGAAAUUCAACGUGCGUAAACUUGAAUCCAUUCGACUUGGCAAGCGGGUAAAUUUCGAGCCACUAUCCGGGGAUGAACUUAGAGGAGCCAUCGUCGAGGUCAUCGAGGACAAAGGGUAUAAGGAAAGAAUGUUGAAGUUUCGUCAGCUAUUCAACGACCGAAAAGAAGACCCGAUGGAUCGAGCGAUGUGGUGGAUAGAAUACGUCAUCAGGCAUAACGGUGCUCCUCACCUGCGACCGCGACUUCGACACUGGCCCUGGCACCAGCGAGAACUUCUCGACGUCCUGGCCUUCGUUCUCCUAGUCGCUUCCGCGGCCCUCUACUUGUCGUACAAGUUCAUCCGACUAGUUAUUAGAAAGUGUGCACAAACGUUGCCACCGAAAGUGAAAACGAACUGA